GGAUCUUCCACUAGAUUCCCACGUAGAAGAGGCCAUCAGUGAGGUAGGUGCUUAGGCUACUCUGCGCUUAGUGAAAACUGACAAAUGCAUGUGCGCGAAUUUUUCUGAGCUGUGAAAACAGCUGCAUAUGUUGUUUUUCCCUGGCGUCCAACCUUCUUAAAAGCCUUUAGUAGUUUCUCGAAGAACCGCCUCUGUACAAAAGAUGGCUGCUUUUAGAAAGUCGAAAGCUCCUUCCCGGGGCUUCAUGCCAGGAUCUUCCUCAUCAUUCCUGCGCCGGCUGAGCACGAGCAUUUUGCUGUUAUUUUUCUCAUUCAGCAGUUCACUUCUUUCAACCACAUCAACCACCGUCCACGCCUUCUUCCUGACCAAAACCAUCGACACCGCCGUUGACGACGCCUUGCAACUUUUCGAGUACUGUGCGAAGUGGGAUGACCGGGAAUACGUGAAACUUUUGAUUUUCGACCGAAUGCAGAAGCAAAGGAAGGUCAUGCGAAGCUGUCUAUUCCACUUACUGGAGCGGGUGAAGCGAACCGCCAGGAUUGUCUACGCCGCGUACCACCACCCGAUUCUGAAGCCGAAACUCGACCCCUAUUUCGUCGACCUAGCGGAGGACUUUUGGCUCCAGGUGGUCGAAUUAAGUAAAACCCCCCGCAUGCACAAGGAGUGGUACUACUGGCACGGACCGAAGGUGCAAAUGCCGCUGAUAUUACAAUGAAAAAUCUCCCUCCCCCUACUCAAAUGGAGAUUUGUGUAGCGUGAUUUGUGAUCAUAAAUCUUGCUGUCAUGCUACAAGGGAAGAGAUGCAGACCAUAGUGCUGGCUGGCGUGGGUAAGCCUUGCGUCUUCAGCAUGACAGGAAGCAACUGGAAGCGGGAAACAGCAUGACAAAUUGCCUGCAAACGGGUCCGCGCCUGCGUCUCUUGGCCUUCUAGGAAUACAAGUAGAUUUGUGUAUAUCAAAUCCAGCACCAGCACAAAUCUCCUUCGCGAUAUGGGGAGGGUGGAUUUUGCCUUGCAAUAGCUGAAUCUGAAACUGUUGAAGGCGCACUUUGACACCACCUUCCACGACAAUAUUUUAGUGAAGCCCCACAGUGCGGAUUUACAUCUACAUCACGAAAUGGACAUAUAACAGUGCACAUCAACUCCCUCUCCCCCUCAUUUGUGUUGCCUGAACAGCAACACAAGCGCUGGCAAAGAUGCAGCUUUUGCAUGACAAAUUCCUAGUGGAGUGCAGUGCUGUUUCGGAUUCCGGAAUCUGUCAUGCAAACAGUACUAACAGGCAAAGGGUGGAUUUGGAAUUUUGCAUGACAAAUGAGGGGGAGGGGGAGUUGUGCACUUUCAUAGGACAUGGCCGAAAAGAUGAUCGUGCGGUCCGCGGAAAUGCUGGCGCAGAUCGAGUAUUCAUUGCAAAAAUGUCUGGGUCUGGAAAUGUGUGAUGCUGCAUUGAGCAUCAUUGAAGCGCUUGCAAUGGCAGCCAGGCAUGACAAGUUUUAGAGACGCCUGCUGAUGCCUACCACGCAUUACAAAUUGCUUUUUUGCAUGACAAAGCAAGCUCCCAUUUUGUGGGUCAUGCAGCACAGAUUUUCCAAUUCCAGGAUUGCAAGACACGCAUCACAAGUUCAACUGUUCCAGACGACCCAGGCAUUUUUGCACUCCAUAUCGAGGAAAUGGAGACAAAUAGGACCGCUUUCGCGGACAAAGCGAAGGCGAAGGUGUUACAUCUCACCGAGGAGGAGCGGAAAUUGGUCUCGACCAUGGAGUGGACCAACGUUUCCCAUCUAACGGAAAACACCACGGAUGGGGAGAUUCCAACAACAGAACCGCUACCGCAUAUGAGAAUGCACAAUUUCCCUUCGUCACCCUCAUUUGUCAUGCAAAACAUGCAAAUGCACCCAUUUCGCCUUCUGGCACUGCUAGCAUGACAGGGUCGUCAAGAACAUCCGGAUGAAUCCGACGCAGCACGGGAACAAUCGGUCGGAAAUUUGUCAUGCGAAAGUUCCAACUUUGCCCGAGCUUCUGUUGCUGUGAAUGGGAUCCCAAAAAAUGAGGGGAACAAGGGGGAGUCGUGCACUUUCAUACCGCAUCUAGAAGAUCUUCUCGGAACCCACCACUACGGAAAGCGACGGACGUUGCGGAUUGCGCGCAGGAUCACGGACGAUUUUAUAUGACCUGCUCAAACGUUCCAAUCUCAAGCGUUGCGAUAGAGUGUGGGUUUUGUAUUUUGCAUGAUGAGCAUGACAAACUCGGACAGAAUGCCACUUUCUGCAAUACAAAUUUCGCCAGAUUGUAGCGCGGAUUGUGACCACUCCAGAACUUGUCAUGCGCAAUCCACCUAUGACAGUUGGCGAGAACAUGCAUUGUUGCAUCACAGAUUUCCAUAUUCUAUGGUAACCGAUUUGAGAUUGUAACAUCUGAGCGGGUUAUAUUUUAUCCACCUGGAGGACAAGUCGGAGGAAGAGAUCCUGAAGCAUUGGGGGAUUACCAAGGAGGAAGCGAUGGAGAACAGGAAACGGUACGAAGAGGAAAAAGUGAAACUGAAGGAGUGGGAGGAAACGGAGCUUCCCCAGCAGGAGGUGGAGGAGCAGCGGCGCUACUGGUACGAGAAGCAUUUGGAAGAGGAGGAGGCGUUCGGCAUAUGCAUUGCAAACGGGUCUGAAAGUUGGAACUUGUGAUGCUGUAUGUGGAUUCUAAAAAAAUCUGUAUUGCAUGACCAGCAAGAGGAGGGCUGUUUGUGCUACGCGCACCAGAGGGCUUUUUUCAUGCGUGAUAUAAAGCAUCAAGAAGCUCAUCUGAAACAGUCAGUGCUGCUGGGACCUGCAUCACAGACCUCGUGAGUCAUGAAAAAUAUGCAUGACAAGCUUCCAGAACUACACCAGAUUUCGGUCCUUGCGCUGCAUACGGCAACUCGUUUAACGAUACCGAAAACAAGUGGAUGCCCUUUAUCCUGAUGAAAAACGUGCCCACACCAGAGUUGUCAUGCAGAUUUGCAAUGACAAAGACAUUUGUGAUGCGCAUACCCAUGGUAGACAUUUCCAAUCGUGUUUUGGAAUUUGUGAUGCUGAGAACAGGAUGAGCAGAUGGAUCUGCGACGCGGCUGCUCUUGCUACCCUGCACUACACUACGGAGUGCAACUUGUCAUGCGCGACUCCCAAAACUCCUAGGUUUGCGUUGCAGAAUCCCCAUCUUGACUAUGGGGCGGGGACGUUUUUACACAGGAUACCCUUUGCUCCGGAUUUCCGAAUGGCCUACUAUUUGAAGGACCAUGAGGCUUCGGCGAUGACGCUAUGCAGUGCAAAACUGUUUCGUGGUCGUACUAAUUCUAGUAAUUGCGUUUUUGCAUUACAAAUCUGUUUCUUAAGGCAAACCCGCAUUACAAAUUUAGUUGGUAAUGCUGAUUCAAUUUGUGAUGCAAUGUAUACUAGUACGAUGUUUAUGUUUUUGCAAUGCAUAGACGAUGUAUCAUGGCGGUAAACACUACAAGGACGAGGACGGCAUGCGUCAGGUGAAAUAUCGCGAGGAAAAAUGCCCCCACCCCCAAAGUUGCAAAGAUUUGUGAUGCGAAGUUUCCAAAUGAAAACUUUUUGUCAUGCAUAAAAGGAGUGUGAACCUUUCUGAUGCAGAGUCUAGCUGCGUGUCGCAUCGCUUGCAUGACAAGCGCCGCUCUUGCUGGGGUCUUUUGCAAUGCAAAUUUUUGCUACUCACGAUCGGAAAUCUGUGAUGCUGAUAGAUGCAAGAGGGCGAGUGUUUGAUUUGGAAAGAUUUGCAAUGCAAAUGCUCCCAACGAUUCGGGGGUGGGGGCAUUUUUCAUUGUAAUAUGAAACACGUGAUCUUCUCGCCCUCCCUCAUGGACGACAGGCCGUUACUCGGCAUCUACGCCUCCUAUCAGGGUGCACAAGAACUCCCCCUCCCCCGCAUCUGUCAUGCGAAAACCCAAAUUAUCCAGUUGCUGCUUUAUGGUACUGCGUGCAUGACGAAUUUCAGAAUGAUCCCAAGCAGUACUAAUAUGCUCGACUACACAUGAAUUUGUCAUGCGCCGGCUCCACAUGUACUGGUGUUUGUAUUGCUGUCCAUGCCAUACUGCAAAUGAGGGGGAGGAAGAGUUCUUGCGCACUCUCAUACCCCCCUUGCGCCGUAUAAAACUCUCGUGUUGGAAAACUCCUACGUGCAGUGGAAAGAGGCGAAGUUCGAUUUACUCGCGUUUGAAGCCACCAUCCGAGACACGUGGGAACGGUACGAGGCGAACUUGAUCAUUUUUAUCACAGCGCACAACGACCCCCCUCGUCCCCUUCAUUUGUCAUGCAAAAAACUACCAAAGGCACCCUCUACCUCUUGGCACUUUUCGCAUUGCAAGUUCUGAAAGCUUAAGCAGCACGACAAUUAUCCUGGGUCGUGGAUCUGUCAUGUAAGACCUGCAUGCUUGCCGACGCUUGUGUUGCUGUUUCUGCCAUAGUAAAAAUGAGGGGGAGGGGGUGGACUUGUGCACUCUCAUAGUUUUCCCCAAGAAGUUAUUGGACCGCAUCGCGAACCAGCUGGAACGGGAAGUGGUCAAGAUUAAAGAACACGACGGCCACGAGGAAAAGGACCCGAUUAAGAAGUACUUUCGGAUUCUGCAGAAGCACGUCACCCGGAUCGACCUACCGUGGGUGGAUAGGCAUGGAAAAAGUUGUACUUGUUCUAUCGGAUUGGACAUUGGCUGCCCUGGAGGUCUUCUGCAAAAUUUUUCAACGACCGAAUGGGAGGAGCAGCUUGUCAUGCUGUUUUCGGUAAUAUGAGAGAGAGAAUCUGUGUUGCAUGAUUUCCAAUCGCUAAAACAACUUUUGCGCCACUGCAUAGUACAGUUUGGGAUCCAAUUAUCGAAGAAAAAAACUGUGUAAGUGUAACUUUUUUGCAGGAACAGCAUCACAGAUUUGUUUUCCAUGACAGAAAACUUGUCAUGCGUAGCUAGUAUGCGAAAACACGUACCAAAAUAGCCUCUGAUGCAUAUCCGGCAUGACAAGUGUAACUGUGUUGCAACAUCUGCAAGACAAAGUUACACUUACACAGUCUUUUUCUUGCAUACCAAUUCGCGCACAUGGACACGGACAUGAUAGGAAGAUCCAUCACCGGCACCGACAUAUCCACUGCAAAUACGUCUGGGUACAGACUUGUGAUGCAGACUCUGCAUAACAGACAAAUAUCUGUAUUGCGUAGUCAGCAAAAGAUGUUGUGCGCGUCUUGUCUCCAGAAGAGGUGGGCAUUUCUCAUGCAGACCAGGCAGCGUUUUGUGAUGCUCCAUGUGCAUGGCAGAUCUUUCUUCAGAUGCAAAAAUUGCAUGACAUUCUCGUCCCAGACCCAGACAUACUCGCAAUGCAUACGACAUCAACACACAUAACUUCUGCCCGAGCGAGAAAGUGCUGGCCAAGUACGCGAAGAAGUUCCGCGGGUUUUUGACCUACGCUAUGGUUCGGCACGACAUGGCGAAGCCGUGCACGGUGGACGCAGGGAAGUACGGGAUGACGCUGUUCGCGGUGCCCGGCUCGGCGCACCCAGAUUUGAAGUACGAGACCCACGAAACUGCAAACGGGAAACCGAAAAACAGAAAGCACCACGGACGUAGUUUGUUUUGAAUAACAAUUUCGAUGCAGAUAUGAUAAAAUGGUCUGCGCCUGCAGGAAUUAUUACUUCUCAUGCUGGAGCUGUAGACGCACCACUAAUUGCUCGUUAUUACGUUUUUACAUCUUACCACAGGUCCGCCCUUCCCGGAAGAUCCUUUCCUCUCACCAGACAAGUACGGUGCGGGGCUGCAAGAAUCUUUGAUCGCGGAGGUACAGGGCAUCCCGGUGGUGCUUCGGGAGGAAGUUAUCUGGCAGCAGGAGCAUUUGAGACCACGAAUCACCGAGAACGACACUUCCAUUCACUGGGAACCGCUGAACAGCUAUUACAGUGAAAAAUGCCCCCUCCCCAGAACUUGGCAGCAUUUGUAUUGCAAACCUUUCCAAUGGAAACAUUCCCCGUCUUGCGUAUCUUAGCGUCACAAAUUUUCCCUGCUGAAUAGCUCAAAUUUGUGUUGCAAAGGAGCCCAACAGCAGGCGGAUCUGUUAUGCAGCGGAUACUUUGCGCGUCUAGAUUCUGCAUCAUAAAGGCUCGUAGUCUUUUCAUGCAAGACAAAAAGCUGUCAUUUGGAAACUUUGCAUGAGAAACGUUUGCGACUUCCGGGAUGGGGGCAUUUUUCACUGUAAUACCAGCACGAAAAUUUUGGAGGAGGCCGACCCGGAUUUGCUGCGGUCCGCCGGGUAUCCUGUGCAAAAGUAUCGUACUCGUAGCACUUGCAUUUAUGCAUUACAAAUCUCUUUUUCAAGGUAAAUCAGCAUUACAAAGUUUAUUUUGUAAUGCUGGGCUAAUUUGUAGUGCAAUUUAUACUAGUACGAUGCUUUUGCAAUCCAUACCGGGCUGCUGUUACGGGGCGACUACGUGAUAUCGUACGAAGAAAGUAUCUCAGUCUCGAGCCUUUGCGGUUUCAGCAUUACAAAAAAUUCCCUCCGCAUGACGCGCAAAAUCUGUGAUGCGUCGCACGCAAGAGAAAACACGUAUGGAGUGCCCUUCUCUUGCAUGUCGAGCAUGACAAAAAACUGCGUCAAGGAAGUUCCGCAUGACAAGUUGAGACUGAGACAGUUUUUUCUUGCGAUACGUGAAUAAUUUACCCUGGAAGACGAAGAAAUUGGCGCAGAUAGAGCAACAGGCUGAAGAGACGGAAGAGGGUGGUAGUCUAUCCUGUGCAAAAAUAAAAGUAUUGUGCUUGUACGAGUUGCAGUCUUGCAUGACAGAUCUCUGUGCUUCACCUGUUUCUGCAUGACAAAUUUCAUAAUUUUUCCUCUGACGAAAGCUGUGAUGCAAUCACUACUAGUACACGAUGCUUUUGCGAUGCAUAUAGUCCAACAGGAGCGUACAACAUGUUCACGCCGGAGUUUUCUUUUCCGAAGGAUUUAGUAGCGGAAGAAUACGACGCAGAGGAGAAAUUGGAAGCGGCGGCGGCGAGCGGGAGCAGCGGAGAAACAGCUGCAGGAGCUGCUGCUGCAACGAGAGUCGAGAAACUACAAAGUAGUACAAGUACAGCAGCGGUGAACGUAACGAAUCUCGCGUUCAAGCUUCCGGGGAUCAAUCCGAAGCAUCUGAAGUUGCUUCCGGAGUACAAAAAGCAAUUUGUAGACAACUACGACUUGGUCAUCGCGGAGGAUUUCUUUGACGAGGAGACCUUUGCCAAAAUCGAGCAGGAGUCGCACCGGCUCUGGCAGGCCAGCGAAAUGGAGCCGAACUGCAAUCUAGAUGGCCGGGAUCGGCUGGGGGGUUACGUUUUGGACGAUUUAGAUUAUAAAAACACGUUUUACCAGCUGAUCUACCGGAAUCCCUCCCUCCAGUACUGGGUUUCUUACAUCUACGGCAAACGCAUGUGGGCGUCCGACUUCCCCCUGGAGCUGCGGGAAUAUGGGGACGGGUCCAAUGGUAUGCGGUGUCACCGCGACUUGGCACUCUACGCGGACGACUCUAUUGACGCCGAGUUUGCCUUUACCGUGGCCAGCAACAGUCCCAGCCACGUUGUGUCUUUCACUGACAGAGCAGGUAAAAACUCACAUUUAAGUUGUACUACUUGUGGGUGCGAGUCCGAGUUGUAAAGGCUUCAUCUUGUUAGCCUGUGAUAGGAUAGAACUUUUUUCUACAAAACGAUAAUUAAUGAGUGUAGUCGUGUUUUAGUUUUAUUGAUGCCUUAAGUAUUCAGAGCAAAUGUUCACACCAUCAUAAAAAUCCAGGCGUCGAGCACAAAAUCAAUCCGAAGCCCAACACACUCCUCAUGGUCCGGCCCAACGCGAGUCUGCACUGCGCAUCUGGGGUGGAUCCAGGGACGAGCAGACAGAUGAUGAAGUGGAUCUUCACUGGGAGUUACAAAAAACACGAAAACUUUGAAAUGUUAUCCUGUGGUGCAGCAGACUAUCGUACUAUCUGAUACUUAAAUCGCAAUCUUGCAUAUGACAGAGCAGUUCUUUUCCAUACCUGUUUGACCGCAUGACAAACUCUAUUUCUCCUUCUAACGAUGAAACAAAUUUGUGAUGCAAGUUUUUCCACUAGUAUAGUACGAUAAACUUUUGCCCCAAUGCAUAAAUGUACGCAAAGAACAAUUGCGGCGAGACGUCGCUAAGCUGGAAGGCGCUGAUGGCGAAAAAGGAAUCGACGAAACAGGAGCUGUAGAUAGGUGGUGCAGCAUGACAAAUUGAUGCUGCGCUUCUCUAUAGCAUGACAAACUUGGAUACUUACUUCUAUUUUUGCGAAAGUACAACUAUGAACACAAACAUCAAAACAAACACAAAUACAAAUACUGAAGUCAGAUCAUCACAUCGAAAAGUAAAAUCGUGCAGAUUUGUCCGAAUAGCUCAAGGCCCAGUAGUUCGAGAUUGGCGGCAACUACAAGUAAAUAGAGUUGAUAAAGCAGAGGUUGUGCUGCUAUGUAUAUGUAUUAGAAAGUAGAGAGUAGAUGAGGCGAUACUUCAGGCAAGAAGUAGAAGGAUUUUUGUACACAUUAUAGCAUACCGGUUUUCCUCUCUGGUGUGAUUGGCGCGCCGUCAAAGUGUGGCGCACUAGUUACUUUCCAAGAACUUGUUGUGACGGAGAUUUAUUGCAGUGAACAACGGCAGUCAAAAGUACACAAAAUAUUAAAGGUAGCACUCCUCAGCAGACUAUCAAUUGCGAGGAGGCAUUCCUGUCCGGC